AAACUGCAUAAUGGUACGCGAAAAUGACUUCAUUUUGUUAGCGCGUUAAGCGACAGUGUCGAUGGCGGAAGAAAGUUGCAAAAUCAAUGCCAGCAAAUAUAUUUUCUAGGCAUAGAGGCGGAUACCUUCGUGUUUCUCGAAGAUCUAGGUCAAGUGAUGAUGAAUCUCUAGAUAAUAUUCCAUUGAUGUCCAGUGAACGUUUUGAGAUGGAGGAAAACGAAUCUCUCGUACGACGCCGUAGACAGAGACCACUUGGUCAGUCCAGAUUGUCAUUCUGGUGCUCAAACAUCUGGGAAAGCUGCUGUACAUGUUGUAUCAGAUGCUGCUGCAAGAAAAAAGAGUUUAAACCACGAUCAGUGCCAUUGGGUCUUGAACACCUCACAGAUGAAAAGUACCCCAAAAAUGUGGUUCGCAACCAGAAAUACAGUAUCAUCACAUUUAUACCUAAAGUAUUGUUUGAACAGUUCAAAUUUUUCCUCAAUUUAUAUUUCCUUGUCAUGGCCUCUUCACAGUUCAUCCCAGAGAUAAGGAUUGGAUAUCUGUAUACAUACUGGGGACCACUCGGUUUUGUGUUGUUUGUGACAAUGUGUCGUGAAGCCCUAGAUGACUUCAGAAGGUAUAGGCGUGAUAAGGAAGCAAAUUCUCAGAAGUUCAAGAUCUUCACAAACAGUGGUAUUGUACAUGUACCAAGUUCAAGUUUAAAAGUUGGAGAUCUCGUCUUUGUUGAAAAGGACCAAAGAGUGCCAGCAGAUAUGAUAUUUCUGCGGACCACUGAGAAAACUGGAUCAUGUUUUAUCAGGACAGACCAGCUUGAUGGUGAGACAGAUUGGAAACUGAGAUUAGCUGUACAAGAUACACAACAUCUCACAUCCAAUGUAGAAUUGUUAGACAUAAGAGCUCACGUUUAUGCAGAAGCUCCACAGAAACAGAUACACAGCUUUGUUGGUACUUACAAGAGGACAGACGGAACAGGUGGAGAUGAGUCAUUGAGUAUAGAAAACACAUUGUGGGCCAACACCGUGGUUGCCUCGGGCACUGCGCUCGGGGUAGUUAUAUACACAGGGUGUGAGAGCAGAAGUGUUAUGAAUACAUCACAACCGAAAAGUAAGGUUGGAUUAUUAGAUCUGGAAGUGAACACAUUAACCAAGGUGUUGUUCUUUGCUGUUGUUGUUCUUUCAAUUGUUAUGAUGAUACUCAAGGGCUGGGGAGGACCAUGGUACAGAUACUUGUUUAGGUUUAUUCUGCUGUUUUCAUACAUCAUUCCUAUCAGUUUACGUGUGAAUCUUGACAUGGGAAAGGCCUGGUAUUCCUAUAUGAUAACGAGGGACAAGAAUAUUGCUGGGACUGUAGUAAGAAGUACGACCAUACCCGAGGAACUGGGCAGGAUUAGCUACCUUCUUACAGAUAAAACUGGUACACUCACACAAAAUGAAAUGGUGUUCAAGAAAUUACAUCUUGGUACAGUAGCAUUUACCCCGGAGACUGUAGAUGAGGUGACUGCUCAUUUAAAAACAGCAUUUUCCCAGGCAGCCACUGCCUCUGUUCCUUCCAGAGUUGGCACCCCAGUUAGACGUACCGUGGUAACGAGGGUCCUGGAGGCAGUACAAGCCCUCGCGCUGUGCCACAAUGUGACACCAGUGUACGAUGAUGACAAGUCUGAGGAGACAUCAUUACAGGUGGAGGCAGACCAGCAAAGUCAGCAGACUGUCGUGUACCAGGCUUCUAGCCCAGAUGAGGUAGCAUUGGUGACAUGGACAGAGAGUGUAGGUCUGACACUAGUCAAGAGAGACUUGAACUCUAUGCAACUUAGGGCUCCAAAUGGUGCCAUUCUGGCCUAUACCAUCUUACAUAUAUUUCCUUUUACCUCAGAAUCGAAAAGAAUGGGAAUUAUUUUGAAGGAUGACCAGACAGGAGAGAUUAUAUUCUAUCUGAAGGGUGCUGAUGUUGUCAUGCAGUCUAUUGUCCAGUAUAAUGACUGGCUGGAGGAAGAGUGUGGGAAUCUAGCUCGGGAAGGACUGAGAACAUUAGUUGUUGCCAAAAAGGUUUUAACUGAAGAACAGUAUCAGGAAUUCCAGAAUCGUCACCAUCAAGCCAAAAUGAGUGUACAGGACAGGAAUGUGAAGGUUCAAGCUGUCAUUGAGAGUCUUGAGAGAGAUAUGGAGUUAUUAUGUAUGACAGGUGUCGAAGACAGGUUACAGGAAAAUGUUCGACCAACACUUGAAAUGUUACGAAAUGCUGGAAUAAAGAUCUGGAUGUUAACUGGUGAUAAACUGGAGACAGCAACCUGCAUAGCCAAAAGUUCUAAACUUGUGUCCAGGAAUCAGGACAUUUAUACGUUCAAGAAAGUCACUGGCCGGACAGAGGCCCAUCUAGAGUUAAACAACCUGCGAAGAAAGCAGGACAAUGCCCUAGUAAUCACAGGUGAUAGCUUACAGGUAUGUUUAGAGUUCUAUGAACACGAGUUUGUUGAGCUGGCUUGCCAAUGUCCCUGUGUAGUCGUCUGUAGGUGCUCUCCAACACAGAAGGCUGAUAUUGUCAAGCUACUGAAGGUUCACUCCGGGAGACGAACAUGUGCAAUAGGUACGGAAGGUAAACAGGCUUCUAUGGCAGCAGAUUUUUCCAUCAACCAGUUUAGUUAUAUUGGUAGACUGCUUAUGGUACAUGGCAGAGACAGCUAUAAGAGGUCUGCAGCCCUCGGGCAAUUUGUGAUACAUCGAGGUCUCAUAAUCUCAACGAUGCAGGCAGUGUUCUGUUCUGUGUUCUAUUUUGCAUCCAUUGCAUUAUUUCCGGGCUUCCUUAUGGUAGGAUAUUCUACCGUUUAUACAAUGUAUCCAGUGUUCUCACUUGUUCUGGAUAAAGACGUCACGCCAGAGACUGCUCUCAUGUAUCCAGAACUUUAUAAAGAAUUGACGAAGGGGAGAUCACUAUCAUUCAAGUCUUUCUUCAUGUGGGUGCUUAUAAGUAUAUACCAAGGUGGGAUUAUAAUGUAUGGUGCAUUUUUGUUGUUUGAGGAUGAAUUUAUCCAUGUUGUUGCUAUCACAUUCACUUCACUGAUUCUAACGGAACUACUGAUGGUGGCGUUAACUAUACGAACGUGGCACUGGGCGAUGAUUCUCGCUGAGGUGUUCAGUCUGGCCAUAUAUAUUGCAUCACUAGUCGUUCUUAGAAAUUAUUUUGAUCCAAUGUUUCUCAAAACAUGGAACUUCUUCUGGAAGGUGAUCGUCAUCACAUCUGUCAGCUGUAUUCCGUUAUACAUUGCCAAAUUUUUGCGGAAAAAAUUUAAUCCGCCCGUUUAUGCCAAAUUGACAUGAUAACAUUUCAAGUUCUACAUUCAUAUGAUGUUCAUUGUACAUUCCGACAUGAAUUUUUCAUGUAUUCUCAUGUGAUAUAUGGAUAUUGAUCACUGUCAACAUUGUGCUUUUUGUGCCGUGUUGAAAUGGGGAUUUGGGUCACACAUAUACCAGUACAUUUUCCCUUGUCCAUACAUACAUCACAAAAAUACUGUGUUGGUUUAAAAAAAAAAAGGAAUUUCUGAAGGGACUCUUAAGUGUUGGAGUUAAGGCCCUUUGUUGUAUUUUAUUAUGGCUUAGUGCAAAAUCUUUGAAAUAAAGGAGAUGCAGCCGUCUUGCAGGCCUAGAUAUAUAAAUAUAGUGCGACAGUUAGGUGGGAGAGGGCACCAGUUUCCUGUACAAUAAUACAUCUAUUUAUUUCAUUGUUAUCAUUAUCACACAUUUUAUCAGAGUUGGUGUGUACAAAGUUUUAUUCUUUAGCUGCCAAAAGAUUUUUUUUAUGUUUUUUAGGUUCUGUAUGUGUACUCCUGUUUGUAGACGAGUUUAUGAAGCAGUAUUAGUGGACAAGAUUUGUUCACAAACUAGAAAAGUACAUUUUACAGUUGUAAAAGAUGCUGAUUCUGUUAUAUCAGAGAAAAGAUUCUUCAGAGAUCUACUUUAAGGCUUUUUGUUUAUGAAAUGAGUUUUUGACAACUUAUUUCUGCUGUCUUAACUAUGCUACUGGUAUUCUAGGAAAGUACUCCUUUCAUAAUUAUUUAGAAAUCCAUUUUUAGCUCGACUAUUGAACCAUAGUCAGCUAUUGUACUCACCCUGGUGUCAGUGUCACACCUUGUUUAAAGUUUUGCAUGCAAGUACGUAAAGCUAUGAUUUAAAGGCAUAUAGCUUUGAAACUUAAUUUUUCUUUAUUUAGGUCAGGAUCAGGUCUCAUAACACUAACAUGCAUUUUUGCUCUUUAGACUUAGAAAAUCCAGGUUAAAGUUUUGCAUGUAAGUUACUAUCUCCAAAACUGAUGCAGAUAUUGAAUUGAAAAUUCAUAUGCGUCUUCAGGGUUAUAAAACUAGGUAAUAGCAUCAAGUCCCAUAACUCUGACAUGCAUUUUGGCCAAAUAAUGCCCCCUUUUGGACUUAGAAAAUCCUAGUUAGUUUUGCAUGCAAGUUACAGUCUCUAAAACUAAUGCAGAUACUGGAUUGAAACUCUAUAAAUAUGUUAACAUUUCGGGUAAAAUUCCUGUUUCUGUAACAACCAUUUGAAUAGUCGAGCAUUGUCUUACGGACAGCUCUUGUUUGAAUUUAAGAAUUUUGUACUUUGCCCACAAGUUUUACCACAUGCCUGAAAAAAACGAAUCUGGCAGAAUAUUUUGCCACAAGGCUUGUACUGCUUUUCAUAAUAAAUGAUCACAAAACAUCAUUUCAUAUGUGAACUGUAAAAGAGUAAUCCAGCAUCUGUUCCUUAAUUAUAUGUGAGGAGGCACCUGUAGUAUUUAGCCAUAAAAGCUGGAAGGUUGCCAUAUAAUCGUAAUUGUUUCCAUGGAAUUUAAUAUAAAACAGAGAUACAGCAGACCUUUUAAGUGUUAUUUUGACAACCAAAUGUUGAGUUUCUCCCAUGAUUCAGUUAUUGAGAUUCUCAUAUUAUUCAGUUUUAACAGUAGGCAGAUUACUAUUCAUGAAUUCGUGAGUAGCAUUAUUCACGAAUAUUUGCAAAAAUAAAACCACUGCAUAUAUUUUCUGAUUUACAAUAACUGCAUUUAUAAAUACGCUCUUAAUACAUGUACUUGUAACUGAAGUCUGGUUGUGAAGUUGUUUAUUAUGUAGAUCAGAGUUUUGGUUUGACGGUUAGAAGUAUUUUCAGAAGAAUACUUAUGCUGAAGUUACAUAAGGGCUGGUUGUGGUGGGGUUUUUUAGAGGAGGUAUUUAUGAAGUUACAGAAGGCGAGCAUUGAUUUCAUGCUUUUUUGGAAGCCAUAUUUUAGGAAAUGGUAACAUUAAAUACAAUAGAAUGAAAAAAUUUUUUUAGUAAAUAGGGGUACAUUUCUAAUAGUUCUAUUUAUAGAUGAUCCUUUAUAAUGUCAGACAUGGGGAAAAUAUUACUGACCGUUAAGUUACAUUGAAAUGCUUUUGCUUAGUUUUUCUCCCCUCCCGUAAAACCUGAGGUUUUUAUUUUUCAUAGUACGACACAUAAUUUAUUCUUUUUUAUUUGUUACAUAUUUAUCGUUAUCUUAAGUGUAUUUUUUUGAUGUCUUGUUAUGUUUUUAGUAGUUCAGAUUAAUUCAUUUGGCAAACAGUUUUUAGUAUUCCUACAGGAUCAAGUCCUAUUAAUCUUAUUAAAGUGUAUAUGAGCUGCGCCAUGAGAAAACUAACAUUGUGGGUUUGCGACCAGCAUGGAUCCAGACCAGCCUGCGCAUCCGCGCAGUCUGGUCAGGAUCCAUGCUGUUCGCUAACAGUUUCUCUUAUUCCAAUAGGCUUUAAAAGCGAACAGCAUGGAUCCUGACCAGACUGCGCGGAUGCGCAGGCUGGUCUGGAUCCAUGCUGGUCACAAACCCACUAUGUUGGUUUUCUCAUGGCGCGGCUCAUAUGAAAACACAUUCAAAAUACUGAAAUACAGUCAGCAUUCGCACAGUCAUUAUACCCCUGCCAAACAAAGUUUGGUGAGGGCUGUAUUGCAAUGACUUUGUCCUGUUGCAUUUUUCUUCCUUGAGUAAGUUUGGCACUGAUACAGAUACUGUUUAAAACUUAAAAGAGGCUUUAGAUAUGAGAAGUUUACAUACCAGGUUUCAUAAUUGAAGUUACUUUUAAGUCCACUGAAAGGAAUAUAUUGAUAAAACUUGAAACGGUUGUAGAUGGCAAUGAGAGGAAGUAUAGAGUAUAAAACCAUAACUCUGUUUUGAAUAUUAUUGAAAUUGUCUCCCCUGAUUUUCUUUUUUACCACAUUUUUAACAUCUUUGACAGAAAUUUUCAUGGCUUCAGUGAAUGUAAAGUUUUAUGUAAGUUAAUACAGUGAUAGACAACAUUGAGGGAAAGUAAAUGCACAAGAGUCAUAAUUCUGUCUUGACUAUUUUCAUAACUAUAUUCAUAUUUUUAGCUCACCUGUCACGUAGUGACAAGGUGAGCUUUAGUGAUCGCCUGUCAUCCGUAUGUCCACAAUUUCUUGUGAACACGAUAGAGACCACAUUUUGGAAUGGAUUUUAAUCAAACUUGCACACAACUUGUAUUGGCAUAAUAUCUUGGUUCCUUUCGAAAACUGGCCAUAUCCCAUCAUGGGUUCCAGAGUUAUGGCCCCUUAAAGGGCCACAAUUUGCUAUUUUGGCUUGUGAACAUGAUAGAGACCACAUUUUGCAAUCAACUUAAAUCAAACUUGCACACAACUUGUAUUGGCGUAAUAUCAAUGUUCCUUUCGAAAACUGGCCAGAUCCCAUCAUGGGUUCCAGAGUUAUGGCCCUUUAAAGGGCCAAAAAUAUGCUAUUUUGGCUUUUGCAGCCAUAUAAAGACUUCAUUUAUAGUUUGAUUUAAUACAAACUUGCAAAAUAUCUUUAACAACAAUAGGUCUUGGAUUCCAUGAUGAUUCCAUCAGAUCCAAUUAUAGAGAGUUACAGCCCCUAGCUGACCCCUGAAAGAGCCAAAAUUUGUUAAUUUUUACCUUGUGAACACGAUAGAAGUGACAUUUCACAUUUGAUUUUAAACUCACUUUCACUUAACUUAAGUCUUAAUAAGAUCUGGGUUCCUUUCGAAAACCAGCUAGAUUCCAUCAUGGGUUCUAGAGUUACUGCCCCUGAAAGGGGCGAAUUUUUCAAUUUUGGCCCUUUAAGCCAUAUGGAGGUUUCAUUUAUGCUUUGAUUUGAUAAAACUUGCACAGAAUGUUUACCUUGAUGAUCUCUGGGCCAAGUAAGAAACUGCGUCAUGUGAGGUCAAAAACUAGGUCACCAGGUCAAAUCAAAGGGAAAGCUUGUUGACACCAUAGAGGCCACAUUUAUGAGCCUAUCUUCAUGAAACUUGGUCAGAAUGUUUAUCUUGAAUAUUCCUAGGCCAAGUUCAAAACUGGGUCAUGUGGGGUCAAAAACUAGGCCACUACUCAAAUCAAAGGAAAGCUUGUUAACACUCUUGAGGCCAUAUUUAUGACCCUAUCUUCAUGAAACUUGGUCAGAAUAUUUAUCUUGAUGAUUCCUAGGCCAAGUUAGAAACUGUUUCAUGUGGGGUCAAAAACUAGGUCUCCGCUCAAAUCAAAGGAAAAGCCUGUUAAAACUGUAGAGGCCACAUUUAUGACCCUGUCUUCAUGAAAAUUGAUCAGAAUGUUUAUCUUGAUGAUUCCAAGGCCAAGUUUAACAGGUGAGCGAUAUAGGGUCAUCAUGACCCUCUUGUCUAUUUUGUUAAACAUUUUAAACUUGUGGAGCCAAAGAAUUUAGUCAUCACCUGUACUGUGUUGAUGCAGAAAAAAAACUUUUAGACAGUAACUUCCAAUUCUCUGAAACUUUAUACAUUGCUAGAUUAAAAAGAAAGAUAGUAAAAAGCCUAAACUUGCAUGAUUGUAACAUUUUCUCCUCUUUUUUUUACUAUUUUUUCACCUUUUUGAAAAUACAGGAUUAUAACAUUGGCUUAAUUGAAGAAAACUGAACGAAAACUGAUUAUAUCAUAGUGAUAAAGAUUUCAGCGCUUUUGAACGUUUAUUUUAUAGAUGAAAUGAGCACUAUAAAAAUCUGGUAAAUAAUAAUAAUAAUAAAUGGUAAAAAAGGGAUUUGAAAGCCUUAAGAACCAUAACUCCCUUGAAAAGAUUUAUUCAUGUAAUGUGUACUAUAAAUUGAUACGCAAAAUCAUGAAAUUUCUUAUUAGCAGUUUUCAAAUGUUGUGGGGACAUGAAUCACCUGAGUGUACUGAUUGCUCUAGUUUAUUUUGUUUUUUUCUGUACUGUUUUUCUAUUUCAUAAUAAAAUGAUUUGUUUUUAACAUCCAGCCUUUUGUUGAAUGUCAUAUUUAAAUAUUGACUUAUAUUUGUUUUGUUUGUUUUUCCUGUUGAAAAUUAUGAAAUUAUGAUGCCACAUUAAACAAAACAUAAAAUGUA